AUGUCGGAAGAAGCGGGCGCAGGCCUGCAGGCGUUUGUGGAGCAUGUGGAGGCGCUGUCGAAGACGUCGAGCGACAGUGGCAUCAACGGCUUCGCGUACGAGUUUGCGCUGUUGCGGGAGCAGUCGAACGUGAUCCGCGCCUCUCUUCCACACGAGGCAGGCACGUCCCCCUUCAACGCCAUGAAGAACCGCUACCGUGACAUCAUCCCCUUUGACCACUGCCGCGUCGUGCUGCCGGCAGACCCGAGUGACGAGGACCCCGGUGCGGACUACAUCAACGCCAGCUACAUCAAGGACGCCGACGGCAACAUGAGCUACAUUGCGGCGCAGGGCCCGCUCUCGCACACGGUGGACGACUUCUGGCGCAUGGUCUGGUCCGAGAACGCGCAGAUUGUGUGCAUGGCGUGCAACAUCAUCGAGGCGAACCGGUACAAGUGCAGCAAGUACUGGCCAGACGUGGGCGAGGAGGACGACUUUGGGGCGUUCACCAUCAGCACGCUCGAGGAGAAGUUUCUCACACCCGACUUCUCCCGCCGUAUCGUCCGCGUCAAGCACAAGGGACAGACGCGCGAGAUCAUCAACUACCACUUCCUCACGUGGCCCGACCACGGUGUGCCGGAGACCCCAGCGUCCGUCAUGCACUUUGUGCAGGAGGUUCGGCGUGCCCAUCUUGGUGAGAGCGGUGAUCCAACGGGGAAGCCGCCACUCAUCGUCCACUGCUCCGCCGGCUGCGGCCGAACAGGCACCAUCAUCGCCAUUGACAUUGCACUGCGCAUCCUGAACAAGCAGGGCGUGUUCUCCAAGAUUGACAUCUUCAACACCGUCCUCAAGCUCCGUGAACAGCGCAUUGCGAUGGUGCAGACAUGGCAACAGCUUGUGUUCGUGUACAAGGCGCUUCUGCAGGUGGUCAAGUACACGCUGGCCACGCUCGAGCCGCCAAAGCCAGACCUCCCUCCCCGCGACCCUGCACAGCAAGCCCCACCGGUGCUCGUCGACGACCACGUGUACGUGAACGUCAACCUGAUGCGCGCGCAGUCCAAGAGCAUCAGCGAGCAGCGCAAGCGCGCCCUGACCGUGAUUGGCAAGCGAGCAGACGAAGUGUCGUCGUCGUCGUCCGCCAACACGCUCGCCAGCGCUGCGCGGAGGGGCAGAUCACGACGUGUCAAGAAGAGCGCAUACAAACAUCGCGCUGGUGGUGUUGGCGGUGGUGGUGACCAGCAGCAGGAUGGUGGUGGUGGUGGUGGUGGUGGUGAUGAUGAUGCCAUUGAUGAGGAAGAUGAAGAGGAGGAAGAGGAGGAAGAAGACAUUGAUGAGGAUGGUCUGGUGGACGGUGAGGAGAGCAGCAGCAGCCGCGGCAACAGCAAGGACCGGGACGAGCAUGUGUCACGCGAUGGGCCAUUGGGGUUCCCCAAUCGCAUCCGAAAACCGCGCGGCCCGCGGCCGGAGCCAAAGGCCUGGACGUGGAGUGCACGGGCGUGA